AUGACUGUGUCAGAUGUCGAUAUGUGGCAUUAUCUACUGCAAGGAUUUGCUGGGCUCCCGAAUAAAACCGAAAUGCUUGACAAGACUCUUUCGGCAAUCACAUGUCUUUAUAUUGGCAAAGCUCGCAAAGAUGACCGCAUGUCUAAACAUGGCCUCCAGCUUUACAAUGGCGCGAUACGACACAUGUCGAGCAUGAUCUCACGAGAUGUUUUCAGUGAGGAUAUUCCCUUGCAAAACCAAGCUAACAUUGGUCCGAUCACCAAGAGUUCUUAUUGCCCCAAUGGCCUUGGGUCGUGGCUAGCACACAUUAAUGGCUUGAACACAAUUAUGAAGCAUUAUCAUCAAAGAACAGUUAGCAAUCCCCUCAUCGGACCUAUAUACCAAAGAUACCAGAAAUUGCGAAUGAUACAAUCAUCAUCUGCGAGGGGCCUGCUUCCGGAUGAAUACAAAUUCCUGACAGAAACUACCGACGGGACCCCCUUUUGCGAAUUACUGGGAAUUUUUGCAGAACUAUCCCCUAUUGUGGCAAAGUUGCAGUCCAUCGACCCUUCCGACUACGAUGCGUGCCAGGACCUGUUACAGCACUGUCUGCGAACGAAGAAACGAUUUUUCACGUGGUAUGUAGAGCAUCGUUUGGCAGAUGGAAUUACCACAGAUCCUCCUGGCGAAUUUCUCAGUUCAGACACGCCCGACGCUGAACGUUUAUUCGGGACUCCGUUAAGCUUCCGAAAUUUCGACUACAUCUUGCUGCAUCUUCAUUACUGGGCAGGACCGUGUCUCCUCUACCCAUCGAUCUUCCAUGCCAAGAAACUCGUCUACGCGCAUCCUAAAAGUAACAUGCCUGCCGAUAUUCUCAACAAGGCUCUUGAUCCGCUACAGAAUGAGGAAUAUUUGGAAGCGAGUCAGUGUGCAGAUGAGAUAUGUCGUACCAUGCGAUACUGCACGCGGGAUAAUAUGAAGGUUGCAGGGUAUCAUAUGACUAUGUUCCCCUUGUGCGCGGCUUCUCAGGUUUACACCAACUUCGCAAACCUGGAGAAGUUUUCUUGGUGCAUCAAGAUCGUUGAAAGCGCUGCUGCCCGGGGCCAUGAAACUGCGCAUUACAUAGUAGAUAUCUCCUGGCAUACUUGGCGCGUUAAGAACCAGUGUGGACCAAUGACGUCCGUAGCGCUUCGAGAAAUCGUCCCGGAAAGUGUAUCAGGGAAGCGCCACGAAAAGAUACUAGAUGUGACCGAGGAAGCAUAG